UCUUGGUGGUAAUUGGAGAAGUAAUUACUAAGGAAAUUACUUCCCAGGCCCUUUCCCACCUGUUUCAGACUUUUAACACAAGAGCUCCACGCAGGCACCUUUGGGACAGAACUGCUUGCUCCCCAGAGGUCAAAGUCAGCCCUCUUCUGCAGCGGGGUUGCUAGGGGAGCGGUUGAGGGGAUAGCAUCCUCACAGAAAUCAUGCUUAGGGACAGACCAGGGGCCUGGAGUCAGACAGAGGUGGCUCAGACCCCAUAGCCCCCCUCGCAGAUCUGGUGGCCUUAGGGGGUUACUUCCCCCGUGAGCCUUGGUGUCCUGGUUCCUUCCUCCUGGAUCUCAGGAAGACCAAAUCACACAGUCUGGCUCACCGUCGAUAUUUAAUGAAAGUUAUUCUCUUUGUGACUUCCCCUACCCUUUUUGUCGUAGAAUCUGAUACACUGAUAGCAUAUGAAAAGGGCUCUGAAAACAGUAAAGUCACAUAAAAUCCUGUUACUGUCGCACCUCACUCUUGGAUGGAAGCGAAGCAGGUGUGUUUGCUCUUCAGGUCAUGAUGCUGAUCCAGACCCACCCGGUCCCCAUCAUCGCAUGGUGAACGGCCUGGCCACUGCCGCCGGGUGUCAGCUGGUUGCCAGCUGUGACAUUGCUGUGGCGAGUGACAAGUCCUCCUUUGCCAUGCCGGGCGUGAACAUCGGGCUCUUCUGCUCCACCCCCGGGGUGGCCUUGGGGAGAGCGGUGCCGAGAAAGGUGGCCUUGGAGGUGCUCUUCACCGGGGAGCCCGCUUCUGCGCGGGAGGCCCUGCUCCACGGGCUGCUGAGCAGGGUGGUGCCGGAGGACAAGACCACGCGGAUGGCGAGGAAGGUGGCCUCGCGGGGCCGGCCCGUGCUGUCGCUGGGCAAAGCCGCCCUCCACGGGCAGCUGGCUCGGAACCUCAGGACCGCCUGCCACCCCACCUCCCAGACCAUGGUGGACAACCUGGGCCUGCCGGAUGCCCAGGAGGGGGUCAAGGCCUCCCUCCAGAAGAGGAAGCCCGUCUGGUCACACUGAGCAGCCUCAUCAGAGGAACUGGGGGCCGUGAGCCCAGUGGGCAGCGCUCAGGGUUUCCCCCCCAUCGACCCCACCCGUGACCUUCCGACCCCCAGACACCACCGCUGCCUCGUGACUGUAGCAGAGCCAGCCUGCUUUUCCAGCAUCAGUCACGUCUCAGUGCACGGGGUCUGGGUUACGAGUCAGCGCUCCCUGGGGAAGGGGUGACCUGGAGAGUCGGGUGCUAACGUGAGCGGAAGGGCUGUGAGCACACAAGAAAGCCCAUGUGUGACGCUCCUUCCCAGGACCUUAGAUGAGGGGAUGCCCCCCCCAGGGGAGAAGGUGAAGAUAAAACUGAGGCGAGAAGGAAGGAUUUCAGCCCGACUCUGUGACCGGAAAGGGCCCCCAAGGUGGAGGUGGUGCCGGUUGCCCACGACAGAAACACUGCAGAUCUUCACGAGAUGCUCUCCCCUCUGAAAAUCUUCCUGAUUCUACUGAGAAAUAAUCAUGCCUCUGGCUUUGGGAUAAUCUUAUGGGGUCUUUUAAAGAUUACCUAUUUAGAGAGACUGGUAAUUUUAACUCCCCAACCAGACUGUAAGCUGGUUGAGAGAAGAAAAUCAAUGAACUCUCUUUGAUGCCUGUGCUGAUGGACGUCUGGUAGGUGCCGGGUGCUUCUGUAACGAAGGUCCCUGCCACCAGGAUACUGGGAACCUGGACCCUGGGCUAAACCUGAGGAUAAAAGCAUCAGGGAGAGAAAGGAGGGACGCAGAACACACAUUGUCCCCUCAAAGGAUCACUUCCUCUGGAAGCAUUUCCAAACUCUGCUCAGCUUCUGGUGAAGAAUCCCGACUAGCCUCGAGCACUUGAGUUCCCCAAAGGUGGUUCAGGACCUAAACGUCUUACCUUCUGGCUUCUGGUCCACUUAGGCCCCGGAAAUGGCCCAAACCUCGCCUCCGCCAGCUCACACCUGGGGCUGAUCUUGUUUGUUAAGGCCAAUUUUUUUUUACCUAUGAUUAGAGUGGCCGUAAAUGUAAUUCGUUCCAAAGACAGAGACCCGUGAGGCUCUACCCGGUGGUUCUCAUUCUGAUCACGGGGGCAAGCAGCCCCUGGAAGGGAGGUCCCCUAGUGGGUUUCUAUUGAGAUUGGCCUUUUUUUUUUCUUUGCCAGAGUUUAGAAAGGUGAAAAAGAGUGUUUUCUUGGAGGGCUUCCCUGGUGGUGCAGUGGUUAAGAAUCCACCUACCAGUGCAGGGGACACAGGUUUGAGCUCUGGUCGGGGAAGAUCCUACAUGCCGCGGAGCAACUAAGCCUGUGCACCACAACUGCUGAGCCUGCGCUCUAGAGCCUGUGAGCCACAACUACUAAAGCCCGCGUGCCACAACUACUGAAGCCCGCGCGCCUAGAGCCCGUGCUCCGCAAGAGAAGCCACUGCAAUGAGAAGCCCGCGCACCGCAACGAAGAGCAGCCCCUGCUCGCCGCAACUAGAAAAAGCCUGCACGCAGCAACGAAGACCCAACGCAGACAAAAAUAAAUAAAAUAAAUGUAAAAAAGAAUGUUUUCUUGGAAAGGAGGAGCUUGUUACUGAGAAUGUUCCUCAGAAGAAGAAAGAUCAUCAGAGCCACCAGUCUCUGGAGCCCAAUACACACCAGCACCCCCUGUACAUCCUCAUUCAGUCACCACCAGAAUCCAGCAGAGCGGGGCCACCAUCACCUCCAGCUUACAGAUGGGUGGUGGAGACCGGGGAGAGGGAGGGUCCCAGAUUCUGUCUGCUGAUAAAGCCGUGGGUGCCCUCCAUCCCCCCACCGCCGGCUGCCCACCUUGUCGGGGAGCCUGGGCUGGAGGGAGGCUGGCCUGAAGACCUGACCCCUGCCCCUCAGCUUUCCAGAACCCAGGGCUGGACUAAGCGCGCCCCCUGGAGGACUUUGCCGGUGCACUGGGGACGUGGGAUUUGACUAUUGGCAAAUCACCAGUGGAGUUUUACUACGAAUCUGAUAAACAACUGUCUGAAAUUUCAUCCCAGGCUGUGAAGGACUGGCCAUCAUGAGCUGCUCAAAAAUAAUCCGCCGGUGGGGCCCCUGCGGUGGGCCCCUGCGGGUUGCCCCCCGUGGGAGUUGCUGUGUGGCUGCUGAUAGAUCCCACAGUGAGGAGAGGGUGUUAUAAACUCCGGGCUUCGGAGAAAGUUAGCGAAGCCUUCUCACACGUCCCAAGGAAAACCAAGUUGCCUUUCCAGUUUCUGUAUGAGCGGCACCAUAGCCUCCAACCAGGAAAUCCUCUGGCCUCUAGGCUGGCUUCCCAACCUGUGAGCUGAGGUGCCUCAAGGACUCGCUAUAAAUCUUAAUAAUCGCCGGAGCAGAAAAUAAUCUAGAAGGAAAAUCUGCUACCCAAACACCAGUGUCACAUAAUUCACCCCCACGGCAAAUACAAAUUGGGGGUGAAUUUGCAUCUCUGCUUCCUUCCACUGGGAUAUUGAAUGAAAACGUUCUGAUCACCACCACAGACGACUGCUUUUGGAAAGCCUCGUGUGUUCAUCUUUCCCUCUGUACCAUUUACUGCUCAGGGAGCUUUGCUGAGCUCAGCCCAGAAGAUCCCACACCAGCAGAUUCAGGGGCUAGAAAGUCAGCGAAAGGGGCCUUUGAUUCUGCAUGGCCUGGGGGAGACAGCAUUCCCAAGGCCGGCCUCAGCCCCCCAAAAGAACAAACAUGGCGCAAAUAAAUGACUAAUUUUACACCAACAAAUGGGGGGGCCUGCCAGGAGAUUUAUUGAGCCGAAACUCUUGCCAGGCAGCCCUCGGAAGGAGCUCUCUCUGCUCCCCGGUAUGUGCAUUGGCCACAGUUGAGCCAGCAUCUAUAUGACUCUGAAUCCCGUGCCUCUGACACCACACCGCAGUCCUCCCAAUGUACCGAAAAGAUCACAGUUCCAGCCUGGAGAGACGGACGACCAAUGCACUCAAAGGAAACCAAUCAGAAAUGGCAGAGCCAAGGCAACGCAGCUUUGCUUACCGAGGGGAUGCAGGAGAAGCACAGAUUCAACCUCGAAGAACACCGAGUUCAAGUCCGAGGAUUGCCACCAUCUAGCUGUGUGACAGUGCAGGUGACGGAGCCUCUUUCAGCGCCCAGGUCCCCUUCUGGGACCCUCGUGUCCUCCCGGUUCUGACACUGCAGAUUCUACAGCAAUGGAAACUUGCUGUGAAACCUGAAACAGGUAGCUUUGCUCAGAGAAAAUGCUCUUUUACAAAAGGAGAAGAUGGGCCUCUUUCCCUAGAAGCGGUGAACAGUGAAAACACCUGAUUACAUUGGAGAGCGAGAAAUCAUUAUGGAGCCUCGGAGCCUGGGGGCCACACCUGAACCUUUUAAAAACGUCCGGCUGGGAAGCACCUACAGAGUGAAAUCGGCAAUCAUCCUAAUUUUGUCUAGGGGCCCCCUUUCCUCUCUCCAUCCUCUGAAAACCCACUGCACUAAGCUUUUAAAUUGUUUUAAAAUAUUUGACUAAUGAAUGAUUAUUCUUUCCUGGCAGUCAUCAAGAGGCCAGAGUUCAAAUCAGCCUUAUUGAAGCUCACCUGUUACCGUUAAUAAACUUAAUGAAAUUUCAGUCUUGCAAGGGUUUUUCUUU